GCUCCCGGUGCACCAAAACAAACAAAAUGAGCAAACCAAUGGUAGCAUUAGACUUUGAAGUUCAAACCAUUAAUUAAAAGACUAUUUAACGAGUAGAUUACGAUUUCUUGUAUAUUAUUAAAUACAUUAAUUAAUACUUCAGGGUAAAGUGUGGCACUGGAAAAUGCGAAGUUGAUGAAACUGAACGCAAAAAACCUAAAAUGGAAAGCAAUGCUGGUGUUUGGAAGCAAGCGAUGGAAAUAGAGAACGAAGGGUUUGGUGAAGAUGAAAUUGACAUGUGUUAUGAGUUUGAUGCUGCUCGCUUCUUCGAUUUCACUGCACAAGAAACUCUGGUUCAGUCUCUACAAGCUGAACGGUGGUUCGAUACUGCAACAACAUACGAUCAUUCUCCUGUUGUGGCAAAUCUAUUGAUGAGGGAGGAGGUUCCGGUCACAAAUACAAUCACCACAGUUCAUCAUCCCAAACCUAAUUUUCUUCAGCAUUUUGGAAUGACAUUUAACAGCAAGAAAAUUGGCGAAGGUUUGAACUCUAAGGCUAAAUCUGUUGUGAUGAAGGGUCUGUCGACGCUGAUGAAACCUACUGCUAGUCAGUUGGCUAAGCAAAAUCGGCCGCUUCAGUUUGUUGGUUCAAGGUUUAAGAAGGUACAAGCUCAUAAAAAGGAGAUUAAUUUAGCUAACACUACUGUGAUAGAGAGUCAAGCUGCCAAGCGGCAGAAGUUAGACGGUGGUCUCUUGCGCAAGGUUGGUGAUGUGAAACAGCAAGCUAAUUUUGUCCACAAGGCACCUAAGAAGAUUGUAACUACUGAUCAAAACUCUGGACAUUCCAAGCUUAAUGUUCAUACAUCACAAAGGAUUAGACCCAAAAAUGGUGCAGAAGCAGAACUCAUGACACGUGCUGUACCCAAGUUCAAAGCACGGCCGUUAAACAGAAAAAUUCUUGAUGCUCCUUCAUUACCAAUUCCCAAAAGGACACCUGUCCGGUUGCCAGAAUUUCAAGAAUUUCACCUCAAAACAUCGGAGAGGGCCGUGCAACACAAAUCUUUUACUUCAUCAUCUACACUUCCAUGCAAAGAUUCUGACCAGGAUUCGGACAAACAUGCUACUGCUUCUGCUCCACAAAAUAGAAUCUGGAAUUUGAGAAGGCCAUCUGUGAUGGCUGCUCCAAAGAACAGUGUAUUGGACAGUGGUCAUGAAUUUAAAGCUCGGCCAUUUAAUAAGAAGAUACUUUCAAGUAAAGGAGAUAUUGGUGUUUUCCGCAACAUUAAGCAGGAAGCCACUGUGCCUAUGGAAUUUAAUUUUCUUACAGAAAAGAGGCUUCAGCAUAACCCACCAACUGAUCUCUUUAGUAAGCAGUUGUCCCUAAGAUCUGGAGACAAGCCGACUAUGUUCAGAAAGGAUUCUAAAGAAAAUAUGGGAACUAAUUUUCAUUUGGCCCAAAAGGUAAAACCUUUAAUAUUUGGAGAAAAGCAAAUCCAUAGUGGGAGUGAGGGUUACAACAGUGGAACUAGUACAGUAUUGAAUGUAAGGAGCUUGGGAAUGCGGUGACAGACAGCAAGUUCGCUACUAAAACAAGACAUUUUUGCUAAAAGACUUAGUUACGCACACCAGGAUUUUCGGGCUAAUUUGAGAACCAACAUAUAUAUGAUCAAAUCUGAUAUGGCUCAACCAUUCUUCUCAUAUUGUUUUUUUCUGUACAAAGAAUCAUACAAAGUUACUUUGUUAGGACAGAUGUGAUAAUAGAUUAUGCAUCACCUUUGUCUUGUAAAAAUACUCCUAAAAUGUGGAAAUCGUGAUUUUUUAAUAGAAAAGUUUUAUUAAAGUAA